CAUAAUAAAAAGGUGAUCCCUUUCAUCGUCUUUGUCUCUCUGUUUUAUCAUCACAGCACAUCACAGCGAGUGGUGGUUCCGUUCCGUGGCUGUCUUUGUUUUCAUCGUCGUUCAGAAAAAAAAAAGCUCUUUCGCAUUCGGCAGCCAUGGCGGUUCCUCAUCCUUCUCCUUCUUCUUCCUCCUCCUCUAGAUCUCAUCAUUUCUUUUCCCAUGUCCAUCACACUAGCUUCCAUCAUCAUAACCAUCAUCAUCAUCCUUCGCUUGUGCUAUUCUGGUGUCUCGUGUUUUCUCUGCUAUCUCCUCUCGCUCUCUCCUCCUCCUCCUCUUCAUCAUCGGCGUCUUCUUCUUCUUCCUCUGCCUCGUCUUCGUCGUCGUCUUCUCAAAUCUCUCUCGGAAUCGGUGAAACAGAAGGGACGAAGCACGAUCUGCAUCAGGCGAUCCUAAGAGACGAAUCUGUUGCAAGGUUACACGAGCUUGGACAGGUGAGUGAUGCAGUUUCCCACCUAGAAAGAACUUUUAUGAGUCCAGCAUCCAUAAGAGCAAUAGAUCUUCUCCGGGGAUGGAUGGAAGAUGCCGGUUUAUCAACAUGGGUUGAUUACAUGGGCAAUUUACAUGGUCGAGUGGAGCCAAAGAAUGGAAGCUCACAGGCUCUUCUAAUUGGUUCCCAUAUGGACACUGUUAUUGAUGCCGGUAAAUAUGAUGGCUCACUAGGAAUUAUUUCUGCAAUCUCUGCAUUAAAGGUUCUAAAAGCAAAUGGCAAAUUGGCUGAACUAAAGCGACCUGUUGAGGUGAUUGCAUUUAGUGAUGAGGAAGGAGUGAGGUUUCAGUGUACCUUCCUAGGCAGUGCUGCUCUGGCUGGAAUCAUGCCAGUUUCUCGGUUGGAGGUUACUGAUAAAAGUGGUAUUUCUGUGCAAGAUGCUCUUAAAGAGAAUGACAUAGACAUAACAGUGGAAAAUUUAAUGCAGCUGAAGUAUGAUCCUGCAUCUAUUUGGGGAUAUGUAGAGGUUCACAUCGAGCAAGGGCCGGUGCUUGAAUGGGUUGGUUAUCCUUUAGGAGUAGUAAAAGGAAUUGCAGGGCAGACAAGACUCAAGGUUACUGUAAAAGGAUCUCAAGGACAUGCUGGAACAGUUCCUAUGUCAAUGCGUCAGGACCCUAUGACUGGUGCCGCAGAACUGAUUGUACUAUUGGAAAGUGUUUGCAAAAACCCUAAAGGUUACUUAUCUUGCAACGGUCAAUGCAAUGAGGACACAAUAGAAUCACUUGCUAAUUCACUUGUUUGUACUGUUGGAGAAAUCUCAACGUGGCCUAGUGCUAGCAAUGUCAUCCCAGGCCAGGUAACUUUCACUGUGGAUUUACGUACGAUAGAUGAUGUAGGACGCAAUGCUAUUCUCCAUGACUUAUCAACUAGGAUGUACAAGAUAUGUGAUAAAAGAUCGCUUUUGUGCUCCAUUGAAAGAAAGCACGAUGCGGACGCAGUAAUGUCAGACCCGCAUUUGAGUUCACAGCUGAAAUCGGCAGCUCAGAGUGCCCUUAAGAAGAUGACAGGAGAGGUCCAAGAAGAGGUCCCCGUGCUAAUGAGCGGAGCAGGACAUGAUGCUAUGGCUAUGUCCUACUUAACUAAGGUGGGAAUGUUGUUCGUCCGGUGUCGUGGAGGAAUAAGUCAUUCUCCGGCAGAACAUGUGUUGGAUGACGAUGUUGGUGCAGUCGGUUUGGCCAUCUUGGAGUUUCUAGAGUCUCAAAUGUAAAACAUUCUUUAAAAGAAACAGAGUGGAGUCUUGUAUCUCAUAGAGACUCCACGAAAUAUGUACAGUCAACAGUGUCACUUGAUGGUAUUCGUCGUUGUGUACUCCUUGGAACUGCAUUUGUAUAGAAUUAGUCCGAUUCUUAAAAUGUAUGAAACAUUGUUAAUCUUAUCCUUAAUGGUACCGUACAAUCCA